CGACGGAGGUUGGCUCGGGCUUCCGAGGUGAGGCCGAUCGAGCCCCUCGAGUGUUUCCGUCAGCGCUCGGCUCUCGAACCGCGCGUGGACGGCGGAAUGCGGCUGCCGGGGAGCCAGCGGGCAUUGCUGGGCAGGCAGGCGGCGGAGAUGUACGCACCGAGACGGGGGGACUCCGCGGCCGCUCAGGGUCCGAGGUGACGGGACUGUUUGUGGUUAAAGACGCCACCAAAGCGGUCUAUUUUUAUUUCCCUCCUUCGUGAUUGAACAUGGAUUCCGUUUGAGGGGGGAAAGAAGGGCAGCUUCAUCAUGGAGCCUCACGGCGCCGACACGCUCAAGACCCAACAAGUGAAACCUUUAUUUUGGAGUAAAAUGUCUGGUUUUCAACUGUGACCUUCACUCUGCAACAAGUUGUGAAGUUUGUGAGCGACCGACAGCAGCAAAAAUGUUCUACGGUUCUUCUUCCGGGGCCAGCAUGUCCCUGCCCUCCAAGAGCCGGCUGAAGCGCCAGAGCAGGACCUUCACGCAGGUUCUCUACCGGACUCUGAGCUAUCGCGACCGCGUCCCAGCCGAGGUGGGAACAAACACGCGGGGGGACCGCCGCUCCACGACCGAGCCCCCGGAGCGACCCGAAGACGACCCGGCUGAGCUCUCCCACCAGAGCUCCGCCCCGGGGGUCCUGAAGAUCUUUGGCGACGAGAUCUGCAGCGGCGCCAACUACAAGAGCGUCUUGGCCACGCCGCGCUCCAGCGCCCAGGAGCUGGUCAAGGAGGCGCUGGAGCGCUACUCGCUCAACAAGGACGCCGCCCACUCCUACGUCCUGUGCGACGUGAUUGGACGCUUGGAGGGAGGAGGCGUGAUUGGCGGCGGUGGCGGCUGGCGGACGGAAUGUCUCCGGGCGCUCGGCGACAACGAGAAGCCGCUGCUGCUCCAGGAGCUGUGGAAGCCUCGAGAGGGACACGCUCGCCGCUUUGAGCUGCGCAGGAGAGCAGAGGUGGAGGAACUCAACGCCAAGGAGAAGGACACCAUCACUGCUGGGCCCAAGGCCGCCCAGUUCCUGGCGGCUCUAAUGGGUCGAUCCGGGCUGGGCAAACUCCGGGGCUCCCCUCUGCGGUUGGGUCGGGCAGCUCCGUCGGGCUCUAAAGACAUCAACGCCCAGGCCCGCAAGCUGCAGAGGAACCGGGCCAAGGGGACGCUGACGUUGCCUCGCUCCAGCAACUCGUCCUUGUGCCGCAGCCUCAGCGAGACCAGCCUCAACCAGCUGUCAGUUGACGACGAGCCCAAGCGCUACUACUCCACCCUGCCGGGGCCCUACAGGGGCCGGGAGGCGGUGUCUGGUGGGCGCAGGAAGGAGGAGCCGGGCCAAGGGGGCGUGCGCCACUCCUUGUACCAGUCGCCUCACCUGCUGCUGCUGCAAGGGUACAACAAACAGGACUGCCUGGUGUAUCUGCUGAACAGAGAUCAGCACACAGUCGGCCAGGAGACACCCUCGGCCCGUCCCAACAUUUGCUUGUUCUCCCCGGACGUCCUCCCGCUUCACUGCCGCCUGUGCCGCGUCCCCGCCCCGCACCGCCACUCCAACAGCGCCAAGCCGGAAGACCCGUCAGAUCCCCAGCGCUUCUGCGUGUCCGUGGAGCCCGUCCUCAACGCCACCGUCCUGGUCAACUUCUCCCGGUGCGAGCGCUCCACCACGCUGCGUCACGGCGACCUCCUCUCCUUCGGGGCGCAUUACAUAUUCCUGUACAAGGACCCGUCGGGCGCCAAGCCCCUUCCCGCCCAGACCCUGGCGCGCCUUCGCAGCCUGGGACAGGUCUACGACGGCGGACUGGAGGAGGCCGGGACUUGUAAGGUGUGCGGAUCCGUACUGAAGGACAGGACGGCGGCAGUGUCGGGCGUCACCCCGGCAAGGCGCAACUUAAGGCCGCAUCACGUCAAAUCUCGCGGCGGCGGGACCGUCGCAGGAGGGGAGGCAGGAAGAGGAGGACAGAGGAGGAGGCUGCACCUGGAGUUUGACCCGGCUCAUGAAGACCAGCUGCUGAACCGAAUCAUGUCCCUCAUAGAACCUGGAGGUGACGACCACAAACUGACGCCGGCCUACCUGCUGUGUCUUUGCAUACAACAUUCCGCCUCCACUUUCCCGCCCGGGAGCUUCGGAAAGCUUUUGCUGAAGAUCGUGCGGCGGAUUCAGACGGUGGCCUGGGAGAAGACAAAGGAGUUGGCCCAGAAGCAAGCUCAGCAUCAGGACCCGUCGUCCCUGUCCCUGCUCAACAUCUCAGACCUGAUCCCGGACCUGCAGACCGUCUUCUUCUGGAUGUCCAACUCCAUCGAGAUCUUGUACUUCAUUCAGCAGCGAGCGCCGUCGUACACGCACAACAUGGAGAUACUGCAAGGAUCCAAGGAGUCUCUGCUGUCGGCGACCAUCUCAGCCAACGAGGAGGCCAUGAGCAUCCUGGAGGAAGUCAUCAUGUACACCUUCCAGCAGUGUGUCUACUACAUCACCAAGGCUCUGUACGUAGUCCUUCCAGGUCUUUUGGACUGUAAUCCCUUCCCCAUGGACAGCUCCGAGCCUUGCUGGAAAGGAGGUGUAGGAUUCCCAGAGCCAGUACGCAGGGUCCUUCAGGUGCUCCAGAGUGGCCAGGACCUGUUGCAGGGCUACCAGGUCCACCCGGAGAUCCAGGCUCAGAUGUUUGCUUACCUCUUCUUCUUCUCCAACGUGUCCCUCUUCAACCAGCUGCUGGACAAAGGUCCGUCCCGUGGAUGGUUCCAGCGUUCCAAAGUGUUGCAGAUGCAGGCGUGUCUGCGCAUGGUGUCCGAGUGGGCCAGCAGGUCCGGUUUGGGCCACCUGGCGGACAAAUUCUUCACCAAACUCACCAGCGCCAUCGCCAUCUUGGCCACGCCCCCUCAGCAGCUCACACAGCUGAGCUGGCGCACGUUGUCCAGCGAGCACGCCGCCCUCAAGCCCGUGCAGCUGCACCGGAUCCUCACGCAGUACCAGACCAUCGCCGACACGGGGCCCGUGCCGGCGUGGCAGCCCAGCAGCGAGGACGAGGCCUACAUCUACAGGACAGUGGACCUCCUGGAGAGCUUCGAGAACCACCCGCCCAUCGUGCUGCCCAGCGGCGGCUUCAGCGUGGACCUGGAGGGCGAGCGCGUGGAGGACAGCGUCUACAGGCAGCUGCUCUACGUGCGACACUUCCUGUGGGGGCUGCGCGCCAAGACGCAGGCGCACGGCGCGCUCGCCAACGGCGGCGGCAACGCCGGCGUCGACGCUCAGAGAGAGCUGCAGGCCCCGCCGCCGCCCGCACACCACAGCAGUCCUCGCUCAGCGGCCCCCGGCGACGGCGAGGAGGAUAAGGGGCGGGACAGAGCGGCGGGACAGCAAACGCAUAGCCUCAGGAGGAACGGCGGCGUCCACCUACACCCCCAGUCUCGGACAGGAAGCGCAGAGUUGUCCUGCCUGCUGACCCCUCCCAACACGCCGCUGUACCCCGACGGAGGAGGAGGCGGCGGCAUGCCGAUGAACGGCUGCGGCGGCAGAAGCGACGGCAGGAAGGCAAACGGACUCAUCGCCAACGGCGUGGAAGGGUGUAUUAGUGGGUGUGACUUUCCCUUCCCUGUCUCCUCCCCCGGCGCCUCCCCCCUCCCUGAUGACAUGUGUGUGGUGUUUGUAGUGGAACUGGACAAAGGACCGUACGGACUGGGCAUGGGACUCAUCGACGGCCUGCACACGCCCCUCAACGCCCCGGGCAUUUACAUCCGCACGCUCAUCCCCGAGGGGCCGGCGGCGUCCGACGGCCGGCUGAGGAUCGGGGACCGCAUCCUGGCCGUGAACGGGACCAGUCUGAUCGGCGCGGACUACCAGAGCGCGGUGGAUCUGAUCCGACUGGGCGGAGGGCGUCUCCGCUUCCUGGUGGCCAAGUCGGACCCGGAAGUGUCGGACAAGAUCAGCGCGUCGUCCUGUUGACCUCGCCAGACGUGCGACACGCCCGCACAAGAGGAAGGACGAUCCCUCAGCUGUCGGCCACGCCCACAACAGGAACUGAUUUUGUUCUUCGUGACAACUUGACUCUCGUCCAGUGAAGUGGGCGCGGCCUAAUUGCUGUCACCAGCUGUCCGUCAAACUGCAAACCCGCGUCAGGAACGCCCGAAGGAGGAAAUUGUCUUUAAUUUAUUUUGUAUGUAAAUUUGUAAACAUUCAUCGCGGCUUAUUGAUUGGCUGACAUGCCUGACUGUAGCUCCGCCCCCUCCACCCGAGCUUUCAUCCUGUGGUACUUUUUGAAAUUUGUAUUAAUUAUCACCAAAAUAACACUUAUUCUUCUUGUAGUCAAUUGUUUGGUCAAACAAGAGACAUAAAAUGUCAUGUUUUCCUUUAAAAAAGUCAAUCCUGCUCAUUUCAGGGGGUUUUAAAGAUGAUAUUGGAUCCCAGUGGAGCACUUUAGUAAGUACUUUUUAAAUAAAAUACCCCAUAAUUG